GGGUCACGUGCCGCUGCGGAUCACGUGUCGGCCUGCAUCACGCGUGAGGGGGCGCGCGGUGCUGGAAGCUGCCGCACCUGCGGGGAGCCGAGCCGCCGGCGCUCGACGCGCGCGCUCUCGCGAGACCCGCGGGAUCACGUGACGCCCGGGCGCGGCGCAGCUCACGUGACAAGCGCUGCCGGCCGCGGGGUCUUCUUCGUGCCGGCGUCGCAGUGGCCGGGCCUCUUGCGUCUGGUAACGCCGCUGUCUCUAACGCCAGCCCUUGGCGCCCGCGCCCCGCCGCCGCAGCGCCCGGCAGUCCGCGGCCCAACCGCCGCCCGCGCCCCCGCUCCCCGCACCGUACCCGGCCGCCUCGCGCCAUGGCGGCCCCCGGCAGCGCCCGGCGACCCCUGCUGCUGCUAGUGCUGUUGCUGCUGCUCGGCCUCGUGCAUUGUGCGUCAGCAGCAAUGUUUAUGGUGAAAAAUGGCAAUGGGACCGCGUGCAUAAUGGCCAACUUCUCUGCUGCCUUCUCAGUGAACUACGACACCAAGAGUGGCCCUAAGAACAUGACCUUUGACCUGCCAUCAGAUGCCACAGUGGUGCUCAACAGCAGCUCCUGUGGAAAAGAGAACACUUCUGACCCCAGUCUCGUGAUCGCUUUUGGAAGAGGACAUACACUCACUCUCAAUUUCACGAGAAAUGCAACACGUUACAGCGUCCAGCUCAUGAGUUUUGUUUAUAACUUGUCAGACACACACCUUUUCCCCAGUGCAAGCUCCAAAGAAAUCAAGACUGUGGAAUCUAUAACUGACAUCAGGGCAGAUAUAGAUAAAAAAUACAGAUGUGUUAGUGGCACCCAGGUCCACAUGAACAACGUGACCGUAACACUCCACGAUGCCACCAUCCAGGCGUACCUUUCCAACAGCAGCUUCAGCAGGGGAGAGACACGCUGUGAACAAGACAGGCCUUCCCCAACCACAGCGCCCCCUGCGCCACCCAGCCCCUCGCCCUCACCCGUGCCCGAGAGCCCCUCUGUGGACAAGUACAACGUGAGCGGCAACAACGGGACCUGCCUGCUGGCCAGCAUGGGGCUGCAGCUGAACCUCACCUACGAGAGGAAGGACAACACGACGGUGACAAGGCUUCUCAACAUCAACCCCAACAAGACCUCAGCCAGCGGGAGCUGUGGAGCCCACCUGGUGACUCUGGAGCUGCACAGCGAGGGCACCACCGUCCUGCUCUUCCAGUUCGGGAUGAAUGCAAGUUCUAGCCGGUUUUUCCUACAAGGAAUCCAGUUGAAUACAAUUCUUCCUGACGCCAGAGACCCUGCCUUUAAAGCUGCCAACGGCUCCCUGCGAGCGCUGCAGGCCACUGUCGGCAAUUCCUACAAGUGCAACGCCGAGGAGCACGUCCGUGUCACGAAGGCGUUUUCAGUCAAUAUAUUCAAAGUGUGGGUCCAGGCUUUCAAGGUGGAAGGUGGCCAGUUUGGCUCUGUGGAGGAGUGUCUGCUGGACGAGAACAACAUGCUGAUCCCCAUCGCUGUGGGUGGUGCCCUGGCGGGGCUGGUCCUCAUCGUCCUCAUCGCCUACCUCGUCGGCAGGAAGAGGAGUCACGCCGGCUACCAGACUAUCUAGCCUGGUGCACGCAGGCACAGCAGCUGCAGGGGCCUCUGUUCCUUUCCCUGGGCUUAGGGUCCUGUCGAAGGGGAGGCACACUUUCUGGCAAACGUUUCUCAAAUCUGCUUCAUCCAAUGUGAAGUUCAUCUUGCAGCAUUUACUAUGCACAACAGAGUAACUAUUGAAAUGACGGUGUUAAUUUUGCUAACUGGGUUAAAUAUUUUGCUAACUGGUUAAACAUUAAUAUUUACCAAAGUAGGAUUUUGAGGGUGGGGGUGCCGCUGUCUCUGAGGGGGUGGGGGUGCCGCUGUCUCUGAGGGGUGGGGGUGCCGCUCUCUCUGAGGGGGUGGGGGUGCCGCUCUCUCUGAGGGGGUGGGGGUGCCGCUCUAAAUUGGCUCCACAUCAUUUGACUUUAGGGUUCUGGUGUUUGGUUUCUUCAUUCUUUACUGCACUCAGAUUUAAGCCUUACAAAGGGAAAGCCUCUGGCCGUCACACGUAGGACGCAUGAAGGUCACUCGUCGUGAGGCUGACAUGCUCACACAUUACAACAGUAGAGAGGGAAAAUCCUAAGACAGAGGAACUCCAGAGAUGAGUGUCUGGAGCGCUUCAGUUCAGCUUUAAAGGCCAGGACGGGCCACACGCGGCUGGCGGCCUCGUUCCAGUGGCGGCACGUCCUUGGGCGUCUCUAAUGUCUGUAGCUCAAGGGCUGGCACUUUUUUAAAUAUAAAAAUGGGUGUUAUUUUUAUUUUUAUUUGUAAAGUGAUUUUUGGUCUUCUGUUGACAUUCGGGGUGAUCCUGUUCUGCGCUGUGUACAAUGUGAGAUCGGUGCGUUCUCCUGAUGUUUCGCCGUGGCUUGGGGAUUGUACACGGGACCAGCUCACGUAAUGCAUUGCCUGUAACAAUGUAAUAAAAAGCCUCUUUCUUUUU